AUGGUUUCAAGCUAUUUUGCUUUUCUAAAGCCUCCUCUUUGCAACUAUCAUUAUGGCACUUCAUGUCGGAAAAUCCAUCUAGAUGCUCGAUUAAUCCGCGGCCUUGUCGGCACUACGGUCACCACAUAUAACGAUUUCUCCGAUGGUCCGUCACCAGAACCUAGCUCCCUCGUCGUCUCUGCCACCAAGCCCGAUCCAUCUCGCGCUACGAACUCCCCAGCUACGACCUCCCGCGCCACGCCCUCUGCUCAGGCGGGCUCCACAAUGACCCUCGUGUGUGCCUGGUCAGGGCUCUCCCAAACAUGGGUUAUCACAGAGAAACUCGCAGAGAAGGCAGCUCCUGCUACAGAACACGAUUUCAAGAUGGGCCACGGGACAGCUAAGACUGUUGGCAAGUUUCUGUGCCAUCCCGUAGGGGACCCAAAGCAGAUCGCGUUUAUGCGUAUCUACCAACAGAUUCCUAUCACUGGAACGGAGGAUGCUGAUAACGCCACACUGACUAAACAGGCCGUUCCUCCUCCAGUGUGUGGCGAGCUAGAGUGCUUUAAGCUGUUGCAAGCUGGACGCUGUGCCGCUGUUCCUCAAUUCCUUGGCCACGCAGAAAGUACACAGGGAGAGCACGACCUUCUUCCUGGCGGCUACAUUAGAUACAUUGUGUGGGAGAAGGUCCCCGGGGUGCCUCUGACAGAGGAGUUCUACUGGGGCUUGGAUGACAUCGCACGCAAAGAUAUCCGUUUUAAGUUCCGUGCCGCCUAUGAACAGAUGGUUAGGUGUGGGGUAGCACCAGACGAGCCCGGACUCUCGAAGAUCAUCUUUGAUCAGACCACGGGCGAUGUUCACAUUUCGGGGUUCCGAAGGGGAUGGCCAAUUAUCGAUAAACUUGAUUGGUCAGAGUCUCUUUAUGUCGCACAUGGACUGGCGGAGCUAAGCAGAGAGCAUGACUGGCACCUUCACCCGGAGAAUUGGAAGUGGUAG